AUGGCGCACCACCCCGACCCCUUUUUUCGUUUCUCGCCUCCGACGCCCUCUGAGGGCCUUCUAGAGCCCGACGUAGCCGCAGCUCCUGCAAUUUCCUCUGCUGGAGAGGCAGCGAGAGCGCCACCCUGUGCAUCCCACGCCACUGCCUAUGCUCAGUGUAUUACUCGCACUUUGGGGCAGCAGCAGCAGCAGCAGCAGCAGCAGCAGCAGCAGCAGCCCCUAGAGCAGCAGCAGCAGCAAGUGCGGGAGCAGCAACUCAGACUUGAAAAGCAGCAAAACCAGGUAUGUGCGGAGACGUUGCAGCUUCUCGAGCAGCAGCAGCAGAAGGAGGGACGGCAGCAGCAGCAGCAGCAGCAGCAGCAGAGGCAACUGCAGGCGGCAUCCGAUGAUUUCGAAGUGUGCCACGAAUCUCUAGAGCAACUUACUGUAGAAUUGCUGCCAAGUCCGUGGCAGCAAAUACAGCAGCAGCAAAUGCAGCAGCAAAUACAGCAGCAAAUGCAGCAGCAAAUACAGCAGCAGCAAAUGCAGCAGCAAAUGCAGCAGCAAAUACAGCAGCAAAUACAGCAGCAGCAAAUACAGCAGCAAAUGCAGCAGCAAAUACAGCAGCAAAUACAGCAGCAGCAAAUACAGCAGCAGCAAAUGCAGCAGCAGCAAAUACAGCAGCAAAUGCAGCAAAUGCAGCAGCAGCAGCAAAUGCAACAC